CGUGUCACGCAGCUGCGCACCUCCUUCCCGGCCCCGUUGUUUCAUUUGCGCCAUUUUGUCCGCUCACUUUGUUGAUUGGGCUUUAGCGAGCUGUACUAGAGCCAAUCAGAGGGAAACCGGACAGCGAAGACACGAGAGGGUUGUGACAAUAACAAGCUAUGGAGCAGUACACCACUGCCACCACUACUACUGGGGAGCAGAUAGUUGUGCAGACUUCCAAUGGACAGAUCCAACAGCAGACACAGGGCACAGUGACGGCUGUGCAGCUGCAAACAGAGGCGCCAGUGGUGACGGCCUCAGGCCAGCAGGUGCAGACACUCCAGGUAGUCCAGGGACAGCCUCUGAUGGUCCAGGUGAGCGGUGGGCAGCUCAUCACAUCAUCAGGACAACCCAUAAUGGUGCAGGCCAUGUCGGGGGGUCAGGGUCAAACAAUAAUGCAGGUCCCUGUAUCUGGAGCCCAGGGACUACAGCAGAUUCAGCUGGUGCAGCCAGGACAGAUACAGCUGCAGGGUGGUCAGACUCUCCAGCUCCAGGGCCAGCAGGGUCAGCCCCAGCAGAUCAUCAUCCAGCAGCCCCAGACAGCCAUUACCGCUGGACAGAACCAGGGGCAGCAGAUCAGCGUUCAGGGCCAGCAGGUGGCACAGACUGCUGAUGGACAGACCAUCGUCUACCAGCCUGUCAAUGCAGAUGGCACCAUCCUGCAGCAGGGAAUGAUCACAAUUCCAGCUGCCAGCUUGGCAGGCGCCCAAAUUGUACAGGCAGGGGGUGCCAGUGCCAACACCAACACCACUAACAGCGGCCAAGGCACUGUGACCGUCACCCUGCCCGUCUCCGGUAACAUGGUCAAUGCAGGUGGAAUGGUCAUGAUGGUGCCUGGAGGUGGUACAGUUCCCACAAUGCAGCGUAUUCCACUGCCAGGGGCUGAAAUGUUGGAGGAGGAACCUCUGUAUGUCAAUGCCAAACAGUACCACCGCAUCCUUAAGCGCAGACAGGCCAGGGCCAAGUUGGAGGCUGAGGGCAAGAUCCCAAAGGAAAGGAGGAAAUACCUCCACGAAUCUCGCCACCGUCACGCAAUGCAACGCAAGCGAGGAGAUGGAGGACGUUUCUUUUCACCCAAGGACAAGGAGGAAAUGGCUCUAGCCCUGGCACAGCAACAGCAGGAGGUCGCCCAGGUUGCAGCAGAUGAGACGGUGGCUCAGAUGAUCCGAGUCUCCUAGCACUGUCACCAACGUCAUCACUGUGUCUGUGAACUCUACCCUGCCUGAGACCCUUGAUCCAAGCUAACCUGAUCUGCCACAACUUCUCUUCUCAUUUUUACCUCCUCCUGCCCUGCCAUCAUACACCAAACCACCAAACCACAGCACCACUGGGUUUUUUCUGUUAUCUCUUCACUCCUACGCUGGUCUUCCAGGGAGCUGACCAUGUGGCUGCUGAGCCUGUGAACUGUUCUGAUCUUCACUGAAACGGAGGAUGCUUCCACACUCAGCUUGUCUGGUCGAGCGUUUUACGACCAGUGUUUUAUUUUUUCAAGGAUUUGUUUAGACAAUAAUGAAACUUAAAGUUAUAGGUAACCAGGGCUAAUCGCACAGAGCAAAUAACAGCUGUGAAGCCAUGUCAGAACCUGGUCUGUUUAAAAAGAUGUAUUUGUCAUCAGUGGAUACUUGUUGCUUUAAAUAUUUUUUGUAAAUGGUACAGACGUUUUUCGGACACUCAUAAAGUAUCCAUGUCUUAUAUCUUUUAUGUGAUUCCCUGUAUUUUGACAUUUCAUUUAUUCAGCCCAUGUACUGGGGGGGGAUGCACUCAGCAUCAUAAGUUCAGCAUGUGUCCACUGAGCAAAAACUGAUAUGUGAUACUAAUGUGAAGAUAUUGUACAGAAAUUCUUUUCUUCCCCAGUGUGUAUCUGAUGUACUUACUAACUUGCCCAAUUCUGUGGAUGCAUUUUUAUACAACUUUGUGGUUAGACAUAGUGUUUGUAGGAACAAUGACUGUGUUUCAUCACAUUACACAUUCUAUCCAUGUAGUUACUUUUUCAUCAGUCAGUCCACCUAAGUGUUUUGUUUUUUCAUUGUAGAUAAAAGAUUUUUUUACCCAUCAGAUGCAGUUCUGCGAUGUUAUUAUUUUUUUUAUAUAUAUAAUGGAAACAAGGUUGGACGUUCAUGAAGCCUAUGUCAAUUAAAUUUUAUUAUAAGUGA